AUGGGCGCCCAUGUGAGAACUCCUUACGUGGCUCUUGUUCUGCUCACCAUUCUCACUGCUUCGAGCAAGGUCAGUUCUCAAAGUCCUUGGAAGUUUAAUGAUCAGGAAGGUGGUGGUGAUGAUGAUGAUGAUUGCUUGUAUAUGAGCUGGAGAAGCUGUGGAAAUUUGUUUGGUCAGUUCGGGAGAAGCUCUGAGAACCCAGGCAAUUGGUUUGGCAAGCCAAAUACUGGAGAGAGAGGUGGUAAUAGUGGCGCCGGUGGAGGCGGAGGUGGCGGUGGCGGAGGCGGUGGUGGCAGUGAGGCUGGUGCCGGUGUUGGUCAUGGUGAAGGCUCUGGAGCGGGUUCUGGCACUGGGGAAAGCAAUGGUGGCGGUGGUGGCGGUGGCGGAGGUGGUGGUGAGGCAGGUGCUGGUUUUGGCCAUGGUGAAGGUUCUGGAGCAGGGGCUGGCGUAAAAGAAAGCGGUAGUGAUGGUGGUGGUGGAGGUGGAGAAGGGGGUGGAGGCAGUGAUUAUGGCGGAGGCUCUGGCCAUGGAAGUGGAUACGGCGAUGGUGCUGGAGGUGGAGACAUGGGAGGCGGUGGCGGUGGGGGCAGUGGAGAAGGUGGAGGAUAUGGGGAUAGCGGCUUGGGUGAAGGAUCUGGUCAUGGAAGCGGAUCAGGUGCAGGGUUCGGUGUAGGAGAUAGUGGUGGUGGUGGAGGUGGGGCCGGUGCUGCUGAAACUGGCAGUUCUCGUGGGGGUUUUGGUCAUGGAAGUGGUUUUGGUGCGGGAGCUGGAUUCGGCAACAGUGGAGGCAGCGGAGGCGGAGGUGGUGGCGUUGGAGGAAGUUCUAGUGAAGGGUAUGGUCAUGGGAGUGGGUUCGGGGGAGGUUUUGGUGUGGGUGGAUCUGGAAGCGGUGGAGGUGGAGGUGGAGGCGGAGGCGGAGGUGGCGGAAGUGGUUUAGGUGAAGGAUAUGGCCAUGGUGAAGGUGGCGGGUUUGGGGCAGGCAGUGGCAGUGGCGGCGGCCAAAGUGGAGGCAGCGGCAGUGUCCCCAAAAAAGGCCUUCAAGGGGGAAGUCAUGGGAUUGGGGUGGGAUUCGGCAUCGGUAUCGGGUUUGGUUUUGGCAUUGGGGACACUGAUGGCAAUGCCAAUAUCAAUAACUAUCCCAAAAAUGGUAGGAAUGGUGAACCCUAA